AGGCCGGUGUCCUAUAUGUUUUUUAACCAAUUUGCCUUUGGAGCUCCUAAUUGGCUAAACACACCUGAUGCAGGUAAUCAGCAGCAGAUAAGGCAGGAUUUCAGGAAAACCAGCAGGAGGGCGCCCCCAGUUGGCUGGCACCCCUGGUAUAGAGGAUCCAUCCAGGAGAAGAACCAGCAGAAUGAGGGUUUUGGUCAUUCAAAAUAAUUCUCAUAGGUUAUAAUGCGCAUGUAUGAUGUGAGUUGGUCACAGAGUUUCUCCGCCUCCUUCUUUCAGUCAACAAAUCUCCCUCAAAUAGUUGUGCCCUCUUAUUAGAGAGCAACAAUAUAUAUCGUAGCUGUAAACAGCAGGUUGAGGCUUUCAUAAUUAGAGUUUGGGUGUGGGGCUGCAUUGAGUGGAGACCACAUUCCUGAGCUGCACAUUCAAAACUGAAAUAGUCUCUGAAACAGAGCAGCUUUGUUUCAGCAGAGACAGAUUAUAGGGGACAGCAGUCUCAUAAUCUAUUUGUGGGGAUGCUGAUGGCUCAAGACAGAAGAGAAAGCAUGUCCCAAAUGAGGGUGCUGCCCUCCUCGUCUCGCUCCUCCCAAACCUAACACAUCUGACAUGGAGGCGGCUGGAGGUGGAGCGGGGCUGGCUGUGUGUGUGUGUGUAUACGAGAAUCUCAACAGAAGCCCUCAAAAAGAUCCAGAGAUUUGUGAGAAGCGGUCUUGGCAGAGCCGGUACCGGACUGAAGAGUCGGUCAGGAUGGAGUAUUUGUUGAGCUGCAGGCGCACGGCCUUCAUCAUCCUCAUGAUGGUUCUUCAUCAGGUCACCCUGUCUACUGCACAGCUGGACUGUCCUUCCACCCAUGAUUUGCUGAACUCCCUCAGGCAGGUGGAGAAGAUGCUGGUGGUGCACGAGACGUCCUACCGGCACGGUCUGCGUGCCCUCAGGAAGAAGAUCAGCGCUCUUCACAACAGCACCAUGGCCAUCUUCAACUCUGGUAGAAACGCGUCCUGUCCCAAACCUGAGGCCCCCCUUUACGGACGCCGACUGGGCCGGGUGUUCGGCAUCGGACACGAGGUCCACUUUGUGUGCAAAGCUGACUAUGAGCUGAUCGGGCCGAGGACCCGAGUGUGUCUGGAGUCCCUGAAGUGGAGCGGGCAGCAGCCCAUGUGCAGACGCCUCAACAGUAGCAGCAGCUCCAUGGCCUCCUUCUCCUCAGCCGUCCUGUCAGCUUCCUCGCUCCCCACCCACUCUGCUGCAUCGGCCACAGCACCCCCUCCUACCUCCGUCCGACCAUCUGACUGCACACACUUCCUGGGCUCCACCCGCUGCACCUGUGACGUUGGCUUCACCAUAUCGGGUCGGGACAAUAACGUCUGCACAGGUGAAGAGGACAGUUCUUCUGUCAUUCGUGCUCCUCAGUUUGUUUCUCUGGAAGUCCACAUGACGCGGAGCUGUCAGCAGACCUCUGCUCUGGUCUGUGUUUCAGACAUCGACGAGUGCAGUCUCUUCCCUCCGGGUCAGUCCGGCCGUUUCUGUGUCCACCAGUGUGUCAACACUCCUGGCAGCUUUCACUGCGUGUGUCCGGCCGGCUACAGCCUGGCCCGGGACGCCCGCAGCUGCAGCGACAUCGACGAGUGUGAAAACGGCAUGCACAACUGCCCAGCUGAGCAGAUGUGUGUGAACACCUUUGGGGGUUUCCAGUGCGUGACGGUGGAGUGUCCUCACAUGAAAAACGCCACAUACAUCAAAACAUCUCCCAUGCGCUGUGAGAGGAACCCCUGCAUGGUGGAGGACGCCGCCUGCGUUCAAGCUCCAAACUCCAUCACCUUCCACUUCCUGGCGGUGGUUUCCAACUUGUCCGCCCCUCGCGACCUCUUCCGGGUGUCUGCAGCGCGGGUGCUGGGAGACACUCUGCGCUUCGGCUUGGUGGGGGGUCACGGGCGGGGUCACUUCAGCGUGCAGCGCACAGGCCGGCAGACCGGCACUCUCCUGCUGGUCAGGUCCAUUAAGGGCCCCGCCACCCUGGACGCUGAGGUGGAGAUGAGCGAGCUGCAGCAGGGCAAUCUGCUGGGUCGAUUCGUCACCAAGGUCUCCCUGUUCGUCUCUGCUUACGACUUCUAGCAGAAGAAGAUCUUUCAAAACAGAACUUUGAGUGCAGAGAUUAGUUUCUGUGGCGGCUGAGCAGAAAACACUUCCACUGUAUGAACUGAACACCUCACAAUAAAAACCAAGUGGCCGAGUGAGGCUGAGCUCUGCGAAGAAAUUUGUUUUUUCCUCAUUUUUUAAGCUCUUAUUUCAUGUCUUAGACCACAUAUGUGUC